UACGAAGUACAUUAAAUUUCUUCUCUAUAUCAUGAAUGGGUAAAGAAUUGGGACUAAAAACUUCUCAUCUGUGUUCUAACAAUAUCAGCUAUGACUUACAUAUUUAUUUCGAUCCUCACGUGAACUGCAGUGCUUCAAUAGAUACUUAUUUCUACAGCGAUUUGAGAUCUAAUUUUUAAAUGAGGAUGCUGGAGUUUUCUUAUUGCAUGGAGGCAGAGUCUAAAAAUACUGAAAUCGUGGCAAACCGUUUCGAAACGUCAGAUUCAACCAAUACUUUUGAAAGUGAAUGAACUGGUCAAUUACUCGUUAAGGAACUACAUAUCUAUUUAUUGACGAUGCUCAACUUCAUAGGACCUUUCAAAUGGGAAAAGAAAAGUCGCAGAUAUCUAUAGAAAGACACCCAACUUUUGUGACUUUGGAGUGUUAAUAUUUUUGAAAACAGUGAUAUGUAAAAUCGCUGGAUACCGACUAUGUCUCGUUUGACGUCAUACUUCAUAUUGAAAACAUUAGACUAAUGAGAUUAGAAGUGAUAUUUCUGGUUUGAACAAUAUAAAUGACAGCGUCUGGAUCCAACUUCCUGUGCUAAAACCCUACCUACUGCGCAGUUAAGUUCAAUGCAGUGAAAAAUUAGGAAUCAGUGCUUUAGAAGAAAACUCCCCUUAACUUUGCGAUCAGCUGCCACGGAGUGUGAAACUGUUGGAAGAAUUAAAUUUAUGUAUACUGAGAAAAAUAUUUUAUUUCUGCGUGAAGGUAAUUUCAAAGUGCUCUUUGCCUUGGCGAUGCCCGAAGAGGAAGUUCAGCCGCUCCUGAAAGUGUGCUCAUAUUCUAACCCGAGGUUUGGAGAGGCAAAGAUAAAGAUGAGGCUGCCAUUGAACAAAUUCCUGUCAGCAUGUUACAGUCUGUUGCUUUGUUGGCAAGUGAUUGGGACUUGUUUAUACUUUAUUCGUGGCGUUAAGUGUUUCAGAGAGAAGUCCUCAACGUUUCUUUGUGAAAGAAAUGCAGCUUUCCUGUACUCGGAAGAACUUGAACUCCUUUGGCUCACCACUCAGGCCAUUCUCGUCGUCAUCGUCAUUGCCUCGUUAUCACGGAUUCCAGGGUUCCUCGGCCUCAAGGCAAUCUUCAACCGGUUGAGAUGCGUUCCCUCAUUUUUUACAUUAGUUCUUUUUCUCAUUAUUGCUCUCUCUAGAGACGUUAUGCUAAUAGUAGCAUCUCCCAAAACUUUUCUUACCGUGGCGAUUCUAAUCGGGUUUACUCUGAAAUAUUCCCUGACAGUUUUAGCCGUAGUGAUGCUUAAUCAUACAAAGCUGAAUACUUUAAAGCAUCGAUAUCCCUUCUACGUGUUCGUAUUUUCGAAAUUGACGUUUUUCGUGAUUUUUCUCGCAAAUUUGAUCCAUUUCGUGAUCUCGCUCAUUGCAAUAACUUUCAACGUUCAAAGUUUUCCUGCAACUAUGAGUUCAGCAAACUCGUCGGAUUUUCAUGUGGUGAAUCAAUUGUUACAAGACUUUGGCGUUGUCA